AUGAAAGGAACAUUCUACACCAUAACAUACCUUCAACGCUUAAGUAUUGAAUACUUUGAAUUGAUAUUGGAAUUUGCUACUUGGGCAUUAGAAAAUGAUCCUGAUAAUGGAAUGGAUAUUUUUAUUGAUGAUUUUCCUGAUGUUCAAAAUUUUACCAAAAAAUCAAUUUUGGAGUUGAGACAAAUAUGCCAAGAAUGUAAAAGUGAUAAUAGCAAUCAAGCAGUGACUGAUGAUGGUAGAAAAAAUGUUUUUAUGUCAUUGUUAAGAAUAUAUUUAUAUCCGAGUAACGGAGAACAAGUUAUAAUAGAAUCAGCUUUAAGGUUACUGUCACAUGUGGAUGCAACUGAGGCAUUGAAUAUGCUUCCAGCUGCAACAAAAGUUUCUGAAUUAUAUUCAUUUUUGAGAAAUACAUUAGAGAAAGUAAUCAAAAUAGGAAUAUGGAUGCCAUUGUUGAAAAUUUGCUAA